GCAGCGGGGCCGGGGAGGCGGCGGGGCCAUGGAAUCCGCGGCGAAGGGCAGCUACGUGCUCGCCAACCUCGCCGAGGUGGUGGAGCGUGUCCUCGGCUUUCUGCCCACCAAGGCGCUGCUGCGCGCCGCCUGCGUGUGCCGGCUAUGGAGGGAGUGUGCCCGGCGGACGCUGCGGACGCGGCAGCGAAUCGCGUGGGUGUCGGCGCUGGAGCCGGGCCCCGCCGAGAACCACGCGCUGGUGCGCGCGCUGGCCCGCGAGCUCGAGAAGGUGCAUGUGCUGCCCCAGACCGUGCUCUACAUCGCUGAUGCAGAGACCUUCAGCGGGCACGAGGAGUGUCACGAGCAAAAGAAAGCCAGAAAACGAAACAGUAAAGAAACAGCUCUCGCACUUGAAAAGUUGUUGCCAAAGCGAUGUCAGGUUCUUGGACUGGUCACCCCAGGGAUUGUAGUUACCCCAAUGGGUUCAAGCAGCAAUCAGCCUCAAGAAAUUGAAGAGGGAGAAGCUGGGUUUGCUCUGUUGUUUCCCAAAAUUGAUGGGGUGAAAAUUCACACCUUCCAUUUUUCUAAAGACGUGAAGAACAGGGUCUUUGAUGAAAGCAAGUUUGCUGAAGCAGGUCUGAAGAAUAACCCAGAUCUCCGUGUUGUUCUUCUGUUUGGCUACAACUCCUGGAAGACUGGAGCUACUCGAUUUCUUCAUCAAAUAGUCAAUCCAUUGAAUGAGAAAAGUAUCAUCCUGGCUGGAGGACAAGUGGAGAGCUUUACAUCACUGACCUCUGAGAACGCCCACGCCCAGCCUGGGGACGCCUGCGGUGUGGUUGGGUUGGCUUUCAGCGGCCCCCAGAUCCAGAGUGCCACUGUCCUGCUGGACCAGGAUGUGGCUGACGAGAGGACGGCGGAGGCGGCCAUGCAGCGUCUCAAAGCGGCCAACAUCCCCGAGCACAACACCAUUGGCUUCAUGUUUGCCUGCGUUGGCAGAGGAUACCGGCAUUACAAAACCAAAAGGAAUAUGGAAGCAGAUGCAUUCAGGAAGUUUUUUCCAAAUGUGCCCCUCUUUGGCUUUUUCGGACAUGGGGAAAUAGGAUGUGAUCGAAUAGUUACUGGGAAUUUCGUGUUAAGAGAAUGUAAUGACAUAAAGGAUGACCUGCUUCAUGGUUAUACUACUGUAAUGACUCUAAUUCACCUUGGUUCAACUAAAGCAAGCCAAGCAUAAAUAAGGUUUAAUGCUUCAGUGAGCUGUUUGUUUCAUUUCAGAGAGCUGAGAAGUCUGGAAGAGUGGACAUCUUGCAGUCAAAGCCCCUUCCAAAACAUAAACAUCAUUUUGGUAAUGUUACUGAGUCUUGUAGUUGCAAUAGAGUUCACUGUAAUAUCUGUGAGAAAACCUUGCUUUUUUUGUAAUCCCCUGUACACAUCAGAAUUGCAGGAAAUUAUAUUUGAUGGAAUUC